AUGGGGCAACCUCCGAGCAUUCGAUAUCUGGUCCUCAGCUGGCUACGGAGGUUGUCGACACGAUUGAAUCAGACUUUUAGCCAGACACUCGCUCUUCUCCUGCCGCAAUUUCUGGGCAGCCGAGCUUCCGCUGCUCUCAAUACCAAGACCCUACCACGAUAUGAAGCGAUCAGAAACCGUAUGCCACCUGGGUCAUGGGACUCCCACAUGCAUAUCAUGGACGGUGUACGAUACCCAAACUAUUCCAGAAAGCACUACACUCUCAAGGAGCGAUACACGUUAGAAGCCGCGUUGUCUUUCGAGUCCACGAUAGGCAUCAAGAACAUUGUGGUGGUGCAGCCUUCCUGCUAUGGCAUGGAUAACUCAUGCGUACUGGACGCUUUGAGGGAUCUGGGGCCCAGUCAAGGCCGUGGUGUUGUCGCAUUCGACCCAGAUCAGAUCGAGAAGCCGACUCUGCAAGAAUGGCAUCGGCUCGGAGUUCGGGGCGUGCGAAUAAACCUGCAAUCUGUAGGCAAGAGAUUGGAAAAACAGGAAAUGGAGCAGACGCUGAGGAGAUAUGCCGAGGUCAUCAAGCCCAUGGGAUGGGUGAUGCAAUUAUACGUGCCGCUAGCAAUGAUUACUGAGCUCGAAGAUAUCAUCUUGACCCUUGGAGUCCGGGUCUGCUUCGACCAUUUCGGAUCGCCGACGCUCCCAAUUCAGCAGCAUUCAAGCGACGACAAGGCGCCUGGACUGCAAGACCCAUACACUCUGGCCGGAUUCUCAUCUCUGGUUCGGUUGCUGCAAGAAGCCGACGUGUUCACGAAAUUCUCCGCCCCGUACCGGAUCAGUGGUCAAGCGCCUCUGUACUCGGAUCUCGACCCCGUCUCGCAGGAGCUGCUGAGGGUGGCUGGAGGGAAUAAACUCGUCUACGCCAGCGACUGGCCGCACACACGAUUUGAUGGCAUGGACAUUCGACCCUGGACGGAGAAGGCGCUGGACUGGUGCGCCAACACGGAAGGUCUCACAGAAAGACUGUUCCGAGACAAUGCGAAGGAUCUUUGGGAUGUGAAAUAG